UAUGUCAAAUGGACCAAAAUGGCAUUGAAAUUGAAAGACAACCUUUAGUGCAGUGCAAUUUCGAAGCCGUUUUUCUUCAAAGAACGUUUUUUUAAUUUGUUGUUUGAUUCGAGGGUCGCAAUACCCCACAUCAUCUAGAUUUCUAGAUCUAGACUCUACGUUUUCUUGAAAUUCCCCGAACACGUUUAACAUUUUGGCAAGUCAGGACCACCCACCAGGCCACGGACUUUCGUGGUUAUAAACCGGCGUAAGCCAAAAAAACACACUCCGGCAGUGGCAGUACUACUCUUCUUCACAUUGUUAGAUUAUCUACUCAAAGAGUUUUGCAGUGCUCUCUCCUCUUUUAGUAAUGGUAAUUAUUGUAUCAUGAAUAGAUUUAUCUUUUAGUAUUGUUACGUAAUAUCCUACAGGGUUGAGCUCUGUGCUCCGACAAUUUGAGUCCAGGUGUAACUGGGACACCCAGCAUUACCAGUCUACCUCGUUGGACAUCAAGCGCUUUGGUAUCAAUCAGAGCUUCAAAAAAUGUCCUUUAAAAUCUGCCAUUUCUGUGGAAAAAUGAGAUUGACCUCUAGGGUUUCUCAAUGGACAACUCCAACGCGGCAUCACAGUGGCUGGUCCAGAUGGAUUUCAUCUAAAGUAGAGAUCAUAUCACCCCUCAGCACAGAACCUUCUGUCUUCUACCCCUCACUAUCAUUCUGGCUGACUGGUCGUAGCAGUGUCAGAGGCAUUUACUCUUUAUCGACGAAAUGGAACCAGCCGACUGGCUACGACACUGGGAUAAAAGUCUAUCAUCCUGUUGUGAAAGAUAAAGUGCCUCUCAUUUUGGGACAAGAGAAACUGGCUCAAUGGUAUGCUUGUGGGCCCACUGUGUAUGACAGUGCACACAUUGGACAUGCAAGUUCUUACAUCCGUCAAGAUAUCAUCAGGCGAAUAAUGGGCAGUGUCUUUGACAUUGAUACCACGCUGGUCUUGGGGAUCACUGAUGUGGACGACAAGAUUAUUAAUCGGUCUAUUGAGACUGGGCAAGACAUAAAUCAGAUGUCCAGGUUCUACGAGGCAGAGUUUUUCUCUGACAUGGCCAACCUGAAUGUGUCCCCUCCUAGCGUGGUCACUCGAGUCACUGACCACAUUCCUGUCAUCAUAGACUUCAUCAACGGCAUCCAACAGCGGGGACUUGCUUACAAAGCACAGGAUGGCAGUGUCUACUUUGAUGUGAAGGAGUACGGGAGGUACGGAGUGUUUGUCAGUCAUCCAGACAAGGACAAAGACGAGAGCUCUCACAAGAGAAGCAGUCAAGACUUUGCUCUGUGGAAGGCUUGUAAGCCCGGAGAACCCCACUGGGAGUCGCCCUGGGGCAGAGGCAGGCCUGGUUGGCAUAUAGAGUGCUCGGCCAUGGCAAGCGGGAUAUUCGGCUGUAACUUCGACCUGCACUCUGGAGGAGAGGACCUCAUCUUCCCCCACCACGAGAACGAGCUGGCUCAGUCCUGUGCCUUCCACGGCAACCAACAGUGGGUGAACUACUGGCUGCACACAGGUCAUCUCUUCGUAUCUGGUCAAAAUGAGAAAAUGUCAAAAUCAUUGAAAAAUGUGAUCACGUUGUCGGAGCUGCUGGAAGAGUAUACGCCCAACCAGUUCCGCAUGCUUUGCUUACUCAGCAACUACAGGAAAAAAAUUGAAUUCGGCGAAGAACGUAUGAAAAAAGCCAUGUCUACCAUGAAUGCUUUUAACAGUUUGAUCAAGCGCUGUGAUUCCUAUGUGAAAGGGCAGAUUGACUGUGGCGAUAUUCCUGAGGCUGAGCUCUUUGAAAAACUACACACAACACGACGCGCUGUGGAGAAAGCCUUUGCAGAUGACUUCAACACGCCUCAAGCCCUGGCAAACCUGAUGCGUCUCGUCAAGUUCAUGAACCAGCUGCUGGGAGAGGAGGCUGACAGGGAAAAAGAAUCUUCUGUACGCAGUAAUGCUCCGGUCGCUGCCGUGGGUGUGUACGUGAAGAGGCUGCUCAAACAGCUGGGUCUGGAUAUAGGCCGGAGGAAAGCUGAGGAAGAAACAGAGACACAUCUUCAGUUUUACAAGGCUGUUGAAACUGUCGUCAACUCCAGGUCGAAUAUUCGUGACUUUGCCAAGGAUAAAAAAUUUAUGAUUGAAAAAGCAGAGGAAGCUGGCAUUCCCGGAGACAAAGCUAAAGCACUCAUGAAGACCCUGUAUAAACCUUUGUGGGAAGCAUCAGACAAAAUCAGAAAAGACAUCCUCAGCAACGCCAAUGUGCAAAUAAAUGAUGCUGUUGAAGGGUCGACAUGGAGUAUCGUGGACUCCAAAAGGUCAAGCCAAAAGCUCAAGGAGCAGCAGGAAGGUCAGAAGAUCACAAUCAGAGGAUCAGAGGAUGAAGAUUCAGAUGGUGGACGAAAUUCUCCUCACAGCUCCGCCAGAUAAUGAUUUGUGCAUCUGUCCCGUAUUUACUUUUCAACCAUUUGGGCUUUCCAGAAGACAUACUCAGUCUGUAAAAACAAAUUAAAAUGUCUAAAUCAGUGUUUGUCAAUCUUUUCAUAACAUGCACCCUUUUUUGCCACUUCUGAGAGACUAACAGUUUUGCACCGGCCACUUUCAUGUAUUUCCAAGCAGGGUAUUGGAUAACACAUUUCACUGCAUGGGUGAUCCCCAUCAUCCACCAAUAACCAGAUCGUCCAUUAGUGGGUGGCAUUACCCAGAUUGGUAAGCUUUGGUACAAUUUAAAUGUCGUAAAACUCUUGCAAACUCAGUACAACUGUUACAGAGCAUUAUUCAUUGUUAAAACUAGUGCAGGCGGUUCUUGUGAUUAUGAUGCAAUGACAUAUUGAACGUUUUUUAAAGGCCAGACCUUCUAAGGGUACACCCCAAUUUGAAGGUAUAUAUAUACAUUUCGUUGGCAAGCUGUGAAACUAAUGUAAGCCAAGAAAGCAAACCUUUUCAGGAGAGAAAAAAAAAAUGUUGCCUUUCUUUUAAAAUUGUAUUGACAGUAUGCUUCUUUUC